GAAGAGCAAAAGCGGAAAUUCCGCAUUGCUGCCAUUUUGACGUUAAGGGUGAAGAGCUCGGAAACUGCGUGUUUUUUCAGCGGCCUUAUUUACAGAGCAUUUACACAAUGGCUAUGCAAGCAGCGAAACGUGCUAACAUACGAUUACCUCCUGAGGUGAACCGGAUCCUAUACAUCAGGAACCUUCCUUACAAGAUCACAGCUGAGGAAAUGUAUGACAUUUUUGGGAAAUAUGGCCCAAUACGACAAAUCAGAACGGGGAACACACCCGAAACAAGAGGAACGGCUUAUGUAGUGUAUGAAGACAUCUUUGAUGCCAAGAACGCCUGUGACCACCUCUCAGGUUUCAAUGUCUGCAACCGUUACCUGGUGGUCCUCUACUACAAUGCAAACAGAGCUUUCCAGAAAAUGGACACGAAGAAGAAGGAAGAGCAGCUGAAACUUCUGAAAGAGAAAUAUGGCAUAAAUACAGACCCUCCAAAGUAGGAGGGUCACAGUCUGCUAGAGAAAAUUUCUUUACAGUCUUUUUCACAUGCAUCACAUAUUUCUACAGCCUUUAAUUUAAAGCUAACCACCGUCUGCAGUCUGAGUUGAUUAGUAUAAACUAUCUGAAGUAUAUGGUUUCUGUAAAAUAAAUGUUCCUUUUUUUAAAA